AAUGAACGUAAACUGAAAGGACGAAUGUCCUCUUGUCUUCAUCGUCGAAUAGAAACCCUAAACAUUCGGAUCUGAGUUUUUUUUUUUGGCGAUUCUUAGCCGUAUUUCUUAAGAUAUCACUCAUCGAUAGUAGAUUUCGAACUUACCCAAGAUUUUAAAUUAAGAAAACGUUGAUCUUUUGUACGAAAUCUGAUUUUCUGGGCGAGUACGCCACGGUUCCUUACCGAUUUGCGUUUAAACGCCGAGUAAACGUUCAAAUCGCUCUUCCACUUCCGCCUUACACUCCACUGCUUGUUUCUUUCUUCACCUCUCUCCAUUUUCGGUGCAACGAGAUAAUGUGGAAGCUGAAGAUCGGCGACGGAGACAGUCCAUGGCUGAGGACGACCAAUAAUCACGUCGGAAGGCAGACUUGGGAGUUCGACCCGCUCCUCGGGACCCCUGAGGAGCUCGCCGCCAUCGAGGAAGCAAGAAACUCCUUCACACAAAAUCGAUUCUCCAACAAACACAGCUCUGAUCUUCUCAUGCGCCUUCAGUUUUCAGGAGAAAACUUGAUUAGCUCAGUUUUACCACAAGUCAAACUCGAAGAUAUUGAUGAUGAUGUUACUGACAAGAUUGUGGAAAACUCGUUGAAGAGGGGUUUAGAUUUCUUUUCAACGUUACAGGCCCACGAUGGCCACUGGCCUGGAGAUUACGCUGGCCCUAUGUUCCUUCUCCCUGGACUCAUCAUUACACUCUCCAUAACUGGAGCACUGAAUACAGUCUUGUCUGAACAACAUAAACAUGAAAUGUGCCGUUAUCUCUAUAAUCACCAGAAUGAAGACGGAGGUUGGGGUCUACAUAUUGAGGGCCACAGCACCAUGUUUAUGUCUGUCUUGAACUAUGUUACUUUGAGGUUGCUUGGACAAGGACCUGACGCUGGAGAUGGUGCUAUGGAGAAAGGCCGAGACUGGAUACUCAAUCAUGGUGGUGCUACCCAUAUCACUUCCUGGGGAAAACUGUGGCUAUCAGUGCUUGGAGCUUUUGAAUGGUCUGGAAAUAACCCACUACCACCUGAGAUAUGGCUUCUUCCCUAUUUCCUCCCAAUCCAUCCAGGAAGGAUGUGGUGUCACUGUCGGAUGGUCUAUCUGCCCAUGUCAUACUUGUAUGGCAAGCGGUUUGUUGGUCCCAUUACGUCCACUGUUUUGGCACUGAGAAAGGAGCUUUUCAGUGUGCCGUAUGAGGACAUCGACUGGAACCAAGCACGCACCCUUUGUGCUAAGGAGGAUUUAUACUACCCACACCCACUUGUGCAAGAUAUUCUUUGGGCAUCACUUCACAAAGUUGUUGAGCCUGUUCUAAGCCGAUGGCCCGGUACAAUUUUGAGAGAAAAGGCUUUAAGAACCACACUGGAACAUAUUCAUUACGAAGAUGAGAAUACAAGGUACCUCUGCAUAGGACCCGUGAAUAAGGUACUAAAUAUGCUUUGCUGCUGGGUAGAGGACCCAAACUCAGAGGCUUUCAAGUUGCACCUACCAAGAAUCCAUGACUAUCUCUGGUUAGCUGAAGAUGGAAUGAAGAUGCAGGGUUAUAAUGGAAGCCAGCUAUGGGAUGCGGGUUUUGCUGUUCAAGCUAUUCUGGCAACCAACUUUGUCGAAGAAUAUGGGCCCGUUUUGAAAAAAGCACAUUCUUUUGUCAAGAAUUCCCAGGUGUUAGAGGAUUGCCCUGGAGAUCUGAGUUACUGGUAUCGCCACAUUUCUAAAGGGGCUUGGCCUUUCUCAACUGCAGAUCACGGAUGGCCUAUCUCUGACUGCACCGCAGAGGGUCUUAAGGCUACUCUUUUGCUAUCCAAAGUUCCCAAGGAGAUUGUUGGUGAGCCACUAGAUACGAACCGGCUAUAUGAUGCUGUUAACGUUCUCAUUUCUUUACAGAAUGCAGAUGGAGGCGUCGCAACAUAUGAGCUCACAAGGUCAUACCCUUGGUUGGAGCUAAUCAACCCUUCAGAAACCUUUGGCGAUAUCGUUAUCGACUAUCCUUACGUGGAAUGUACGUCAGCUGCUAUCCAAGCUUUGGUAGCAUUCCGAAAGCUUUAUCCGGGUCAUCGGAAGAAGGAUGUAGAUGAAUGCAUUGAGAAAGCGGUCAAGUUCAUUGAAUCUAGUCAAGCAACAGAUGGCUCAUGGUAUGGAUCAUGGGCUGUUUGCUUCACGUAUGGUGCAUGGUUUGGAGUGAAAGGGCUUGAAGCUGUUGGAAAAACAUUGAAAAACUCUCCAGCUGUUGCGAAAGCUUGUGAAUUUCUGUUGUCGAAACAACUUCCAUCAGGGGGAUGGGGAGAAAGCUAUCUUUCAUGUCAAGACAAGGUAUAUACAGGCAUUAAAGGCAACAAGUCUCAUGUUGUGAAUACAUCAUGGGCUUUGCUCGCACUCAUUGGUGCUGGCCAGGCUGAGGUAGAUCAAGAACCACUACACAAGGCAGCAAGAUACUUGAUAAUUGCUCAAUUGGAGGAAGGUGAUUUCCCACAACAGGAAAUAAUGGGAGUAUUCAAUAGGAACUGCAUGAUAACAUACGCUGCUUACCGAAACAUCUUUCCGAUAUGGGCGUUGGGGGAGUACCGUAGCAAGGUGAUACUACAACAAGUAGAAUGAGAGUAGUAGUUAUUUCUCUUAGGGGAGGAACUCUGCUAGCUUAAAUUCUUACUUUGCUCUCGGGGUAGAAUGAACCCAGUUAUUGUGUGUAAUUUGACUCCAAAUCUUGGUUAGGUUAAUGUCUAUUGGUGAAAAUAAUUUGCAUCUAUGAUUUGACUAAGAGUUCAAUGUUCUAUU